AUUCAAUCUCUUACCAGUCCGUCUAUCAACGGCUUGCCUCAUUAGACGGGCUGGUCACCAGUCUAUGUGUUGGUGUCUGCGUUCGUUGAUGCAUGUUUUCAUUUGUCCCUGUCUGCCUGCACAUAUCCUUACCCAUUCACAAAUGCUGAUGUGUUCCGUCCAGCUGUACUCGGGCCGUGGCUCAGAGCGCUCAGGCCAGAGCCAGGCCAAAGCCGCGGCUUUCGAGCCAAGCCGGGGUCACGUCGUCGUCGACGUUACGUGUAUGAUCAAGGCGUCUGAUUCACUUCUCGUUACGCGCCCAAGUUGAUCAUACACGUUCCCCUCCGUUUCAACCGCCGCAUCAAUUGCUCUCCCAUCGAGUAAUCUCCCAGAGUCUUUUGAUCUGUAAGGAACGUUACUUCGCUGACUACGGAACUCCCUUUGUACCACCGGCUAUGGACUUUGUACCGGUUUGAAGUGCUACUAUACCGUCUAUGGUGUUUCGGUCGAACCGCUACAGCCACUCACUUAGAUAUAAAAGCACGUCCUUACUUUCAGUAUUUACAGUGAACAAUCCAUCUCUCUUGAUCCAUCAA